AUGAGCGCGACUCCGAGACAGCGGACUGGUGGUUUUCCACAAACACCAGCGACCGCAGCACCUGGCAGAUCCCGACGACAAGACCCCGACCCAAACUCCUCCGUCUCCUCCCAGAAGAGCAGCCGAUCGUCCGCGCUGCCCCUGGCCCCCGAAAAUGUCUCCCCAGGCGGUCCUGCGACCGAGCCAGUCAUCCCGUUGACAGUUCUCGAUGCACCCCAACAGCGUUUUUACGCCUUCGCCAUUUAUGUUGGUCUGCUGGCAUGGAGGUUCUAUGACUGGAUCAAGCUGGUGGAGGAUAACGACACGUCCGCUUGGCUGUUUCUCAAAUGGGUCUUCAUUGAUUUUGGAUUCCUGUUCGGCCUCCCGGAAAUGAGGAUACCAUGGCUAGAGAUGUCGCAACCCGUCGUUACAGGCAUUUUCCUCUUCCACGCCUUUUUCAACUUUAUGUUGAUGUUCAACAUUCCGCUUCCACUUCAGCCAUGGCUCGUUGGCUUUUUCAAGGUCUUCUACGACCGCGAGGUUGCCGUUUCAGAGCACACUGUCAAGGUCUCGAGCAUCUUGCAUAACCACUCCUUGAUCAUGGGAAGACAGAUAAUCAACAUUUUGCCAGAGGGCUCAGCGGUUCUGAAUUUUGACCAAACCCCAUUCUGCAUCGGCGAUGGUCGAGAGAUCGUCCGGCUGCCUAUCCAAUUUAACUCAACGAUACCCGCAGAAAUGGAACUCACUCGCAUUGAUCUCUAUACCAACCAAGAAGAAACCAUCAAACUGUCUAGUCGCGAGGUUAGGAAAAUUGCGAAGCAGAUCAAGGAUCAAACGGCAGAAUCCAACCCAGCAGCCCACAUCAUCGAAUACCCGGUCAAAAAGACCGGUGUUUACCGUCUCGGCAAGGUUCUGGAUGAAUACAAGCUCGAGGUCCAGCGCGCGACCCGAGACACAUAUGUUGUGCCCUGUCCCAAGGCAAAAUUCCGAACUCCCGACAACGAGGAUCGCUGCAUCAGGGACUUGUCCGACUUGCUUGUCGAUGUCACUGGAACCCCGCCCUUGAAGAUUGUCUACAGCCGAACAGUGAAAGACAAGGACAAGAGUUUCCAUUUCCAGAGCCUACAGCCCGAGGAUUAUACGUCGCCCUUGCUAGGCUCGCCUUCUUCCUCUUUGACUCCUGCUGGCGACGAGGAUACGUCUUGGGUCAAGCCACAAACCGUGGCAGUCCGUCUGAACGAGACCCUGGAUGAGCCAGGUCUAUGGCAGUAUGCUGUGGAUGAGGUUACUGACGGGUUUGGUAAUGUUCGGAAGUACGCACCUUCUGCAGACGAGACUGAAGCCCGUACCCGGCCCAAGGACCUGGCCCGCACGUUCAAGGUAAAGGAGCGACCCAAGGUCAAGCUGGAAGGCUGCGAUCUACGCAACCCUAUCAAAGUUGCCAAGAGACGAGAGGCUCGUUUGCCUGUUCGCUUCUCGAUCGAUGGCAACGCUCCAGAUACCUCUCACCACUUGACAUGGGACUUUUCGCCCAUCGACUCGUUGACCAACAGCGGAGACCACGGCGACAAGGUUUCUGUGGUUUCCUAUUCCGCGGCUAACUCGCAUGAUCAACCUCUUGUUUCGGAGCCAGGGCUUUAUACCCUCAAAUCAAUUUCGAGUGGCUCUUGUGAAGGAGAAGUACAGGAGCCAUCCUCAUGCCUUUUGCUCAACCCUCUGGAGCCGCAGUUAUCGAUUCGCUCUGAGGAGAUACCCGACAAGUGUGCAGGAAACUCUGUGGGACUUCGUGUGGACCUGGACCUGAUUGGAACACCGCCAUUCGUGGUACGGUAUGAUGUCGUUGACGAAAAACUCAAGACCAGGCAUGAGUCGGUACAAGUCAAGGGUCUCAGACAGCAAGUUGAACUCAGGCCCACGGCAGCCGGACACCACAAGUAUAUUUUCAAGUCCAUCGACGAUGCGAUUUACACUGGUCAGCGUUUGAGCCCCGACAUAACACUCGAGACAGACGUCAAACCGGCAGCUUCAGCGGUCAUACAGCACAGUACCGGAUCCAAGAGCGCAUGCCUGGACGAACCAGUCGAGGUUGAUAUACUUCUUCUUGGCGACGCCCCUUUUUCGCUCGAAUGGGAGCUUGUACACGAUGGCAAACGCAAGGCUGAGCGCGUCACCGACAUUCAAGGCUCGACGUACAAGAUCAAGACCAAGCCCCUUGCUAAAGGCGGAGAGUAUACACUUUCUCUCAAUAGCGUUCAGGACAAAUCGGGGUGUCGCACAUUCCUCAAGGACGAAUUGAAGAUUUCCGUCAGGCGCCAGCGGCCGCGUGCCGCAUUCGGAAUGCUCGAGAAUAAGCGGAGCUUCAAAACAAUCGAACACGCCGAGGUCAAGCUGCCUUUGCGUCUUCAGGGAGAUGGUCCUUGGACAGUUUCGUACCGCAAUGCCGAUGAAGGCGAUGUUGUCCACCAACGGAAAUUGAGGAACAACAACGACAUCAUUCCCGUUAAAGCACGUGGCCUGUACGAGAUUGUCGACGUCCAAGACAAACAAUGCCCCGGAGUCGUGGAUCCUCAGGCGUCCAAGUUCGAAAUCGAUUGGUAUCCUCGGCCGGAGAUUUCCCUGGUACAGUCCGAUACGGUUGUCUUGAAGGGCAAGGAAUUUAUCAAACGUGAUAUUUGCGAGGGGGACAUCGACACGUUUGAGGUCAACCUCAAGGGUUCUGCUCCCUUCCAUGUCGAUUACAGUGUCAAGUACAGUCCCUUUACUGGCUCUGGCUUCAAGGGCCAUGCCUCUAGCAGUAGUAUCAGUAAAAAGGAGCUGGACACCUCCCUCAACAAAGCGACUAUUCCGAUGGAUACUUCGAAGCCCGGAGAGUACACCUACCAAUUCUCCGACUUGGCAGAUAAUCUCUACGACAGCGCGACAAAUUCUCGUUCUCUGACUGUGGCUCAGCGUGUUAACGCCAAGCCAUCUGCUGCCUUCGUUAAGCCUGGGCAGUCGUUCAAGUAUUGCAAGACGGAGCAGGACAGGGAAGACACGAUUCCCAUCACUCUCAACGGUAUCGCUCCAUUCUACGUCGAAAUCGAGAUCAAACAUCACAGCGGCACUGUCCCUGAGACGUACAGAAUCCCGUCAAUCCAGACGAACUCGUACGGCAUCCACAUUCCAAGGCAGCAUCUGCGUCUUGGAAUACAGCAUGUUCGCAUUCGCGAAGUGAGAGAUGCGCGCGGAUGCCAAAAGAAGUACGAGAUUGGUGCACCAUCUGUACAGGUGCACCUCCACGAUGCCCCGGCCAUUUACCCGCUGGAGAGCCGAGGGGACUACUGUGUUGGCGAGCGUAUUGCAUACACCCUCUCCGGCACACCUCCCUUUGAGAUCUGGUAUGAUUUCCAGGGCCAGCAACGCAAGGCCAAGUCUGGAACAACCAACUUCCGCCGCAUCGCUGAAUCUCCUGGCGAAUUCACCAUUACAUCCAUCUCUGACAAGGCCUCAGAGUGUCGCGCCUCAGUCGAUAUUACUAAGACGAUUCAUCCUCUUCCCGCCGUCAAAAUCAGCAGGGGUCGACAGACUCGUGUAGAUAUACAUGAAGGCAACGAGGUUGAGAUCCUCUUCGAGUUCUGGGGCACACCACCGUUCGAGUUCACCUACACACGCAGCUCCAAUGCUCGCAAGGGCCAGAAAAGCGUGGUUCUCGAGACGCGACACGACGUCUCGUACGAGAGCAGCAAGAUCAUUCGCGCGAGCCAAGAAGGCACGUACGAGGUGGUAGCCAUCAAAGACAAGUUCUGCGCCUUCUCCACCCAGCAGGUCGCCGACACUGGCAAGGGCCAGAAGCUGCUCCAGCAUUAG